CAUGCAUUCACUUCAGCGCCAAUCUACCCCUUCUGCCAUUAUUGUGAUCACACAUCUUCUGCUCUCUUUCUCUGACUCACCCAUAUUCAUUUUCUCCAACGUGAUUCUGUUCUCUUUUCUUUUCUCUGUUUCUCUCUGUCUCUGUUUCUGGUUUUAAAUGGUGAGUGAAAGAGAAACAUAGGAGAAGGUUGAAGGGAUGAUGGAGAGAGGAGGAGGAGAUGACUAUGUGGUUCUGGAGCAGAUUGGGAGAGGUGCUUUUGGCUCAGCUUUUCUGGUCUCUCAUAAGACUGAGAAGAAGAACAGGUACGUAAUGAAGAGGAUAAGGCUGUCGAAGCAGACGGAGAAGUUCCAACGCACUGCUCACCAAGAGAUGGCUCUGAUGGCGAGCCUUACUAAUCCAUACAUUGUGGAGUACAAAGACGGUUGGGUGGAGGAGGGCUGCUAUGUGUGCAUUGUGACUACUUACUGUGAGGGAGGUGAUAUGGCUGCUAAGAUAAAGAAGGCAAGAGGAUCUCUCUUUUCAGAAGAGAGAAUAUGCAAAUGGCUGACACAACUACUUCUAUCCAUUGAUUAUUUGCAUUCUAACCGUGUUCUACAUAGAGAUCUGAAGUGCUCAAAUAUAUUCCUCACCAAGGAUGGUGAUGUUCGGUUAGGUGACUUUGGACUUGCAAAGCUACUUAAUUCAGAAGACCUCACCACCUCGAUUGUAGGAACUCCAAACUACAUGUGUCCUGAGAUACUAGCAGAUAUACCUUAUGGCUAUAAAUCAGAUAUCUGGUCAUUAGGCUGUUGUAUUUUUGAGAUUUCAGCACAUCAACCAGCAUUCAGAGCCCCAGACAUGGCAGGACUGAUAAACAAAAUAAAUAGAUCAGCUAUAUCUCCAAUGCCAACUAAAUACUCUUCUUCACUUAAGAGAUUGAUCAAGAGCAUGUUAAGAAAAAAUCCAGAGCAUAGACCAACGGCAAUUGAGUUGUUGAGGGAUAACCACUUGCAGCCAUAUCUCGCUAAAUCCUGCAAUCCUUCUUCAUUCUUACUUCCGAUAAAGCCAACCAUGAUAACAUCACCAGAGAAGCAAGCAAAAAGGCAAAGUGAUGAAAAACCAGUAGCUACAAAAUGUACAAGAAAACAUGUGUUGGGUACUCAAAGUUUAGAAACACCUGCAAUAGAUUUUGUUAUAAGAACUCAAGAAAACAUGCCAAACAAUUUUGAAAUGGACUCCACCCUUCUAACAUCCUUGCAAAUUAGCGAUGAUGUAAAACAAAUAAAAUCAAAUGAUGGUCAGCAAGUUAUAGAUAAAGUUGAUUCCAAAGAACAAAAUAAGCUCCUAAGAACAAAAACUGAAGCAGAUGAGAUGGGAGGAGUCACGGAAGAAGCUUCUUCGGCAAGCACGCUAACCAUUGUACCAGCAGAUAACACACAAGCUGAUCAGUGGGAAAGCUUGAAUGUGAUUCAGCAGCGAGCUGAUGCUCUAGAGUCUUUACUUGAGUUGUGUGCUCAGCUUUUGCAGCAAGAGAGGCUAGAUGAACUUGCUGGAGUUUUAAGGCCAUUUGGAGAGGAUGUUGUGUCUUCAAGAGAAACAGCAAUCUGGCUCACAAAAAGUCUCAUCUCUAAUGCUAAAGUUGGCAGGGAGGCUAAAAUAUAGUAAUAUGUGGCUUGGAAUUGCAAUCAAUUACUAUGAAAAAGAUGGACUCUUUUAUGAAA